UCGAUUAAAUUCCCUUUCCGUUUGAUAAUCUAAUUACCCCAAAUAAUUCAAUUAUUUUAUUAUUCUUUUCUUAUUGAAAUUAUCUGUAAUGUUGUUCCGGUUUCCGGUGAAGCGAGGAUUUUCUGAUUUACUCGAUCGUGCACAAACAUGAGAGGAAUCUUGAACCCGAUUAAGUACUCACAUACCUACAAUCGAUUUGUUGUUACCAAUUAAAAAAGGCCAUAAACUAAAAAAGUGCCCAAAUAAACGGUCAAAGUUCAUGGUCAAGUAAUAUGGAAAUAUACAUAUAAUUAUGUGUCGUCCGUUUAUUGCCAAUCAUUGUACAUUUGACUCGGUUAUCGCGACAACGUGUAACAUGUUAAGGAAUCCGAAGCACCUCUACGGUCCUAAUGAAAACAAUAUACCUGCAAACUUGAAUCUCGGAGACUUCUUGGUGAAAGGACUUAAACAACACGGAGACAAAGUAGCAUUGAUAAAUGCCGUCACCGAGGAACAGAGAACCUUCAACGAGAUUGUUCAGGCGGCGGUCAAUCUCGCGGUCUCUCUUGUCCGCCUUGGUGUCAAGAAAGGAGACGUGGUGGGAGUAUGCGCGGAGAAUAGAUUAGAGAACUGGUCAAUUGUAAUGGCUGUUGCUAGUACUGGCGCUAUAGUAACUCCUAUUAGCAUUGGAUAUGUUAAAGACGAACUGAAACAUAUAUUGAAUAUAUCAAAGCCAAACUAUCUGUUCUGCUCAAAGCAAGCAUACCAAAUACAUGAAGGCGUCUUUAAGUCCCUGGCCUUUAUAAAGAAGACUAUAUUCAUUGAUGACGAUAGACCUAAAGGAGCAUUAUGUUAUAAAGACUUAGCGAUAGCGUCAACUGGUUCGUUAAUCAAAAAAAAUGUUAAUGUAGAAGAGUUUAUCGCCGUAGAAGUGGAUGGACGGAUAGACUCCGCAUUUAUAAUGUACUCGUCAGGCACAACUGGACUGCCGAAGGGUGUCAUGAUAAGUCAUGUUAAUGUAAUCGCUACUUGUUCUGUACCUGAAGUAUGUGAUCCGAAGUUGGUAGUCCUGAACAUAAGUCCUUGGUACCACGCCAUGGGCUUAAUGAUGAUGCUCGUGUACAUGGGCAACGGAGCGAAAACAGUUUUUCUACCGAAAUUCGAUAUUGAUGUUUAUUUGCAAUCUAUAGAAAAAUACAAGGCCAAUCAAUUAAUACUGGUGCCACCCGUGAUACUGGCAUUGACCAAAACAGAUAUCAAAUAUGACGUGAGCACAGUACAAGUGAUCCUUAGUGGAGCUGCUGUUUUACAAAAGGAUACAAUCGAUGCUGUUAAAAAAAAGUUUCCAAAUUUGAUAGACGUGUACCAAGGCUACGGAAUGACAGAGGCGACGGUGAUGAUAACAUUAAACUCACAUGUAAAUGGCAAAAAAUGUAAGCCGGGGAGCGUUGGAAAAGUUGUCAAUAAUACAAUAGUUAAGAUAGUUGACAUAGAUACGCGUGAACCGUUAGGACCAUACGAGACCGGUGAACUAUGUUUCAAAAGUCCUAUGGUAAUGAAAGGUUAUAUAGGAAAAGAUAGAAGUGCAGAUUUUGAUGAAGAAGGUUUCUAUAAGACUGGAGAUAUCGCAUAUUAUGAUGACGAGAAAUAUAUGUAUAUUGUAGAUCGACUCAAAGAAUUAGUCAAGUAUAAGGGUUUCCAGGUUCCUCCUGCAGAAAUAGAAACUGUGUUGAUGCAGCACCCGGGUAUACGUGACGUGGGCGUGGUGGGAUUACCGGACGAUGAUGCCGGGGAGUUGCCGCUCGCUUUCGUGGUCCCUCAAAUUGGUGCGAAUCCAACGGAAAAAGAGCUAAAGGACUUUGUCGCAGAAAGGUUAUCAAACCCGAAACAUCUUCGUGGCGGUGUACGAUUUGUUAAGGAAAUACCUAAAAACCCAAGCGGAAAAAUCUUAAGGAAGGUUCUACGUCAAAUGCUUAAAUAAAAAUAAAUAUUAUUUAAAUGCGAAAUAAAGAGUUAAACAGAUAUUUAUGAUGAACAUAAUUAUUAUACGGAAAUGUUUUAUAUACGAUUGCAUUAUA